AUGGAUAAGUCUUGGGUUUGGCUUCCAAGGACUAGCCUUGAGUAUGAGCAAGGAGCAACAGAUUUUGUUAACGGAUCUGCUAAGAGGUUAGGCGAUCUUCCAAACAUCUUGUGUCCAUGUCUCGAUUGCCGAAAUCUUUGCCACCAACCUCUAUCCACGACAUUGGAUCAUCUGGUCAUUAGAGGCAUGGAUCAGAAGUACAAAAGGAGUAGAUGUUGGACUAAGCAUGGGGAGAAAAGGGAUUUGAAGGUCGGUGAUGAGCAGACUUCUGAAUUUGAAGCAUAUGAGUUGUUCAAAACUGCUUUCUUCGAUGGAGAAGACAAUUCAGUACCCGUGAGUAACAAAGAUGAGAAUGAUGCUACUGAAAAUGAAGAAGAUUCUGAGUUUACAAGAAAGUUGCGAGAUGCUGAAACUCCGCUCUACAACACAUGUCCUAACCACACGAAAGUGUCUGCUGUCAUGUCACUUUACAGGAUAAAAGUGAAAAGCAGAAUGUCAGAGAACUAUUUCGAUCAGCUUCUGAAGUUAGUUCACGACAUGCUACCUGAGGAUAAUGUCCUUCCAACAUCUACAGAUGGGAUGAAGAAGUUCUUGAAGAUAUUUGGAUUUGGCUACGACAACAUUCACGCAUGCAAGAAUGAUUGCAUCUUAUACCGGAAGCAGUAUGCGGAUUUGACAAGCUGCCCAAGAUGUAAUGCUUCUAGAUGGGAAGUGGAUAAGCACACAAGGGAGGAGAAGAAUGGGAUUCCUGCUAAGGUUCUUAGAUAUUUCCCGAUAAAGGACAGAUUCAGAAGAAUGUUCAGGUCCAAAAGGAUGGCUGAGGAUCUGUGUUGGCAUUUCAGUAAUGCUUCAGGAGAUGGAACAAUGCGACACCCAUGUGACUCACUCACUUGGGCUCAGAUUAACAACAAAUGGCCUCAAUUUGCAUCUGAGAAGCGGAAUCUUCGACUUGGUUUAUCUACGGAUGGGAUGAACCCAUUCUCGAUACAGAACACGAAGUAUAGUACAUGGCCAGUGAUGUUAGUCAACUACAACAUGUCACCUACAAUGUGUAUGAAGGCGGAUAACAUUAUGCUCACCAUGUUGAUUCCUGGACCAACUGCACCGAGCAACAACAUCGACGUGUAUCUUCAGCCGCUUAUAGAAGACCUGCAUGAUCUAUGGAGUGAAGGUAUAGAGGUUUAUGACGCAUUCUCAAAGGAAACUUUCAAUCUCAGAGCUAUUUUGAUGUGGACAAUCACUGAUUAUCCUGCUUUAGGGACAUUAGCGGGUUGUAAAGUCAAAGGUAAACAGGCAUGUAACGUCUGCGGAAAGGAUACACCUUUCAGGUGGCUCAAAUUUAGUAGAAAACAUGUCUACUUAUGCAAUAGGAGAAGACUACGGCCUGGGCAUCCUUACAGACGCAGACGGAGUUGGUUUGAUAACACAGUAGAAGAAGGGACUGUGCCUAGAAUUCAGUCAGGUGUUGAGAUAUUCGAGCAGUUGAAAGACUUGAGGAACGAUUUUGGUAGAGCUUUAGCGAAGAAGGGAAAACGAAAGAGAUCAGCUGGUUUGUGUGAAAACGAUGAGCUUUCUGAUGAGGAAUGA